CAAAGGCAUAACCUUUCUUUGCUUUCACUCUCUCUCUCUCUCUCUCUCUCUCUCUCUCUCUUUCAUUUGCUGUGCUUCAAGCUUUUUUUAGAUCACCAACUGCAUCUCAAUCUUCCUCCUCCAUUUCCAUCUCCAGAAUAAUAGGCCAUGGCUGCAGAGCUUUUGGAAAUUCACCCUCAAGAGCUCAAAUUUACUUUUGAAUUGAAGAAGCAGAGUUCAUGCUUAAUCCAACUAACCAACAAGACUGAUCAAUAUGUAGCCUUUAAGGUGAAGACUACUUCUCCUAAGAAGUACUGUGUCAGGCCCAACACUGGCAUUGUUAAGCCCAAAUCAACAUCUGAUCUCGCAGUUACUAUGCAAGCUCAGCGUGUUGCUCCACCUGACUUGAUGUGCAAAGAUAAGUUCCUGAUUCAAAGUACAAUAGUUCCUUUUGGGACAGCUGAGGAAGAUAUUACAUCUGACAUGUUUUCUAAAGACAGUGGCAAACACAUUGACGAGAAGAAGCUAAAAGUAUUCCUUACAAGCCCACUACAGUCACCUGUUUUGGCUCCAAUUAAUGGAGAGUUGAAGCAAGAUUCAGGUCAUGAAACUUCAUCCCCAAAAGAUAGAGCAUCAAGUGGAGUUGAAAACAUACCUCCACCUCAGAGUGUAGCUGAGGAUGUGGUGGGGUUUGGGACUUCUAAGGAUGCAGUUGAGUUAAUAACAACUAAGGAUGUUCAAAGGUUUGAUACUUCCAAGGAUGACGCAGCUGAGCUAAGAGCAGCUGAUGGUGUGCAGUCAAGUCCUGCGAAGGAUGUGGAGGAACCGAAACCUGCAAAAGGCAUGGUGGAAUUAAAGUUGGCUGAUGAUUUUGAGGAGUUAAAGUCAAAGCUACGUUUUAUGGAUUCAAAGCUUAAAGAGGCUGAGCAUAGCAUCAUGAAGCUGACAGAAGAGAGAAGCAUAGCUACUCGAGAGAAGGACAAGCUUAAAGGGGAACUAGAAUUGUUGAAGAGGAAGUCUGAUGUCAGACCAAUUCGGGUGGGAUUUCCCUUCCUCUAUGUUUGUAUGGUGGCUCUCGUCAGCCUGGCCGUUGGAUACUUUAGCCAUCUCUAGGAGAGAGUUUCUUCGCAUUAAACUGGAUUUCUUGGGGAGAGAGAACAAAUGAAUUAUAUUGUGAUUAUUGUUUAUGGAGGAUCCUGUUAUCUUGGUUAAUAUGAAGUUGUAACGCCAAAAGUUUAGCCAUUUUGUAUGUUGUAUGCAAGUAGGAACCUCUCAUUGUUUUGUAAGUAAAUUGAACAAAUUUUAUGUACGAGAAUAAAGUUAGCAAUAGGGAGUUGAUUGUA